AUGCUGGGAGGAUACAAAGAACAAGUCAAGACUGACAUAUUCUGGUUUUUGCGCAGGUCGCGGCGGUUUCGCUCCCCAGGGUCCCCCGACCAGGUCUACGAGAUGGGCACUUUCAUGCACGCCUCUGAGGGCGAGAUGGUUUGCACCUCGACCAACGUGAAGAUUCCUUACUUCAACGCCCCCAUCUACCUUGAGAACAAGACUGCCGUCGGCAAGGUCGACGAGAUCCUCGGCCCCAUCAACCAGGUCUACUUCACCAUCAAGCCCCAGGAGGGCAUCGUCGCAACUUCCUUCAAGAACGGCGACAAGUUCUACAUUGGCGGCGACAAGCUCCUGCCCCUUGAGAGGUACUUUUCCUCCUCGCGCCAGACUUGCUGCUGCAACCCAGACCUAACACUUUCUCUAGAUUCUUGCCCAAGCCCAAGCCCGCUCCCGGUGCUCCCAAGGUCAAGAAGCCCGCAGGCCGUGGCGGCGCUCGUGGUGGAUUCGGUGACCGCGGUGGUCGCGGUGGCCGUGGUGGUUCAAGAGGCGGUUUCGGAGGCCGUGGCGGCUCAAGCUUCGGUGGCCGUGGUGGUUCAAGAGGUGGAUUUGGUGGAGACCGUGGUCGCGGUGGAUUCCAGAGCCGUGGAGGAUCUGGAGGCUUCGGAGGCCGUGGUGGUAGCCGUGGUGGUCGUGGUAGAGGUGGCUACUAAGCGUAGCUGCCUUGACACAAAGAAAAAUGCAAAGCAUGUGGGCGUAAACAGGCAGCGGCGUCACGGAGUUAUGAGGCCUUGGACGGCUUGGGAAAUGGUUCACAAGGAGGCAUUGUUUCGAAAAGAGGCAGUUCAUCUCAUGUUUUACGCUGUACAGGACUAUUUUGAAUACAGAGAAGACGAGCAAAAAAACUAUUUCAACUUCAUUCAUCCUGGACGAAUAUAUCCAACCUCGAAAGUCCGGUAUACCUCUUUAACUUACAUACAGAAGGGGAAGCAUAUGGGGCGUAAAGACACUUUAUUACACUGCCAAUACGAGGAAUGA